UAACAUUAAUCUUAAUUUCCACUUUUGACACCAAUCUAAAUUAAAAAUUGCCUUUUCCGCCCCCGGCCAACUAUAGGUACGCUUGGUCGGCGAAAAGUGGAAAAAAACGACCUUCGUUCGGAACCUUUUUUUUUAGGAAACGCGGUUACAAUUUAUAAUAUUCUUACAUCGUAGUUACAUUCUUGCUUGAUGGCCUGCUCUUCCUGGCAUGACAAGAAGAGUGCAGUAUUGGUGUGUUGGAGUCGUCAAUUUGAACCUGUGUACCAUGUGAUAGUGUGCGUGUUUCAAAUUUAAGAAUUUGAAAAUCGAAAGGCAGAAUGAGGAAGUACAAUUUAUGUAAAUGAUAUGGGUCAGAAGCCCUCCCUUUUGGGCGGCAAGACGAAUAAACCAAAGUUACCAAUUUUAUGGAUCUUACGUGGAGAUCACGCGAGGCAUCGACCAAAUCCGGAACAACCCAUCAAAUUUCAAUAUAAGACGAGACGGAAAAAGUCAUCGGGUGUACAGAAGUAUCCGACUCUUAAUACACAUAUCAACAAUAAUUCGAAUAGCAGUACAAAAAACGACCUAAAAUGCCAAAUAGGAAAGACACAGGGUGUACCGCCGUUGCGCGCUAAGUCGGAACCGUCGCUGGUACCGGAAAAGGAAAGGCACCGGAGGAGAAGAAAGCCGAGAAAUGCUGGUAGCUAUGAAAAAUGUAAGGUGUUCGAGCAACGUUUUGGAUAUGAGAUUGAAGAUGUCGAUGCUUUUUUAACGAAGGCCACCAUCGAUAAACCUGCAAAUAUACCGGUCGUCCUCUCGUUUUCUACAAUCCUUUAUCAGACGAGAACGGGAGGUUUCCAAUCAGAAAUUCAGUUACCGUUAGGUAUGGUUGUUAAUGCAGUCUUUAAAAAUCAAAAUUGGCUUUAUGUACAAACACCGCAUACCGAAGAAGGAUACGUUAAUUACGCCGCCUGUUUGCCAUUAGGCAUUAUCCCUCCGCCGACGGACUCUCCCGUGCCGUGUUGGGAGAACAGCACCGACGUCUUCCCUAAGCCAUCGGGGAAUAUGACAGACACCGAAAAAUUGAGUUCGCGCUCCGAAUGCAGUUUGAGUAGGUGUCACAGCAGAAGGUCUCGAACGGCUUACAGUUCUUGUGGGGAAAAGAGUGUCGAUAGAUUGUAUUUGCAAGCGGCGGCGUGUGCAAAAAUCAAAGGAACUAAACAAACUCUUUUAGUAGUGUACUGUGAUUACCAGGGGAAAGGAGAGAACGCGAUCAGUGUCACCAAAGGAGAUGUGGUCGUGCUUGUUAGUAGUCAUCUUAAAGGAUGGUUCUGGAUACGAAAUAAACAUGGCCAUGAAGGGUUUAUACCAUCAGCCGUUGCUGGACAUGGAUAUUUGUAAAAUAAUGUAUUAUAGUAGUCAUUACAAUUAUUUAUUAUUAA